AUGGUGAUCGGCAAGGUGCUGCACGCGCUCAACAACACGUACCACCCGGACCACUUUUGUCCCUUUCCCGGCGACAAGUUCGUCGAGCACGAGGGCAAGCCCUAUUGCGAGGAACACUACUGGGAGGUGUACGCUCCGCGCUGCCACGCCUGCCAGCAGCCCAUCCGCGAAGGCGUCAUCAAGGCGCUGGGCCGCUUGUACCACCCGAACCACUUCACGUGCCAGGGGUGCGGCGUGGGUCUGGCUGGCCAGCAGUUCAAGGAGGGAUCCGGCGAGCCCUAUUGCGGGGACUGCAAGAAGGCCGUCCAAGUCGUGAUAGAGCCGGACAUCCACAUCUGCGCCAAGUGCAAGAAGCCCAUCAUUGGCGAGUACAUCCUCCUGUUCGGCCAGCGCAUGCACCCCGAGAACGGCCUCCCGUACUGUGAGGAGCAUUUCAAGCAGCUCUUCGGCCGGCCCUGCAGCAAGUGCGAUCUCCCUGUGACCCAGAACGGCGUGGAGGCGCUGGGCAAGACGUGGCAUAGGGAACACUUCUUGUGCCAGGCCUGCGACAUACUCCUGGACCCCAUGGGGCGGAUCUGCGCCAGCGAAGGGAAGCCGCUGUGCAAGAAGUGUUACCUGAAGCUGCCGAGCAAAAUGCGUGCACAGAUCGAGAAACAGAAGAUGCUGGAGGCCAAGAUGGCGCUGCGGCUGAAGAAGGAGCAGCAAAAGGAGCGCAAGCGGGAGCAGCUCGAGGCCAAGAAGGCCGCCAAGGCCGCCGGCAAGGCCAAGCCAUAG